CCCCUUGGUCACCAUCUUAAUGAAGCUCUUGCGGAAGAUGAUCGACGUGGAGCUGCCUUUUCACCUCACCCUCCUCAACAUCUGCUUCUCCAACCUCAAAGAGCUUCCCAGCAACAAGAAGGGAUCGAUUGGUUUCUACCUCAAGCCCAUGGUCCCACCUUCAGGUCCUGGGGGACAGGAAGCUGAAGAGGUCCCACAAGGGGAGGGAAGCGCUGCUUGCAACCAGACUUUUGGCAUCGGAAGCAGCGCAAUUCCCAAACCAUGGAAGCUUUCGGAGCGACAGGCAAGCCCCAUGAGGAAAAGAGGAAUUCCCGACUUCCCAGUUCCCUCUUUUCCUGCUGCCAUCGACGCGGAAGUCUUCAGAGAGCUUCCCGAAGCCAUUCAACAAGAACUUCUUUCUGCCCGCCCGGAAUUCCAUGCUGGGAAUGGUUUGGAUGAGCCAUAUGUCUCUAUUCCCAAAGAGACGCCCAGUUUUUCCCCGAAUCCUGAGGGAUUAAGCCGUGCUACUCACUCCAAAGGGUGUAGUAAACGUGUAGCAGCACCCCAGGGCUGUGUAGUUGCUUUGGGCCCCAACUCUGAGGCUGCUGCUUCUUCUGAGUAUCCCGGAAAGUCAGAGCCAAGCACGGAGAAGGAACCUCUGGAAGUUGGGAUGAGCCAAACUGGUUUGUGUGGCUCCAACUGGGAGCAGGCAACGCCACCUCCGGCUCAACCUCGUAGUAGAGAAGUCGUAUUUCCUCCUCACGUGGACACAAAGACCUUUUAUGAGCUACCUGCGGACGUGCAGCAGGACCUGUUGGCUGAAUGGAAGAGCCGGGAAGAUGGACCCAAACCUAUGGAUAAACCCUUGGAAAAGCCUCGAGGGAGGAAAGGAAGAGGGAAAGCAGCGCCUUGUGCAUCCAACAGCUUGUGGAGAUACUUUAAACCCCAGGGAAAAGGGUUGUAGUAAGGAGAGGAGCAGCGCUCGAAGGCGCUUUACUUGCGUUUCCUUCCGUCUGACUUCGGGCGAGCUUACUACAUGUUGUAAAUAACUACCUGGCGACAUAAAAGCUGCUGGUGACACUUGAA